AUGUCCACCCUCAAAUACCUAAACGAGGAAGGCGCCGGCCAACAGAACAGCGACCAAUUCCACUAUUCGCAAGUCGUCAUCCUCGGCGACAUCGUCAAAUGCGCCGGGCAAGGUGGUUGGGACACCACCGGGGCGCUCGACGCCAACGACAUCGAGGGCCAGGUCGAUCUCGCAUUCCAGAAUGUCGACCGCGUGCUCCAGGCAGCGGGCCUGCGCGGCUGGGAGGAUGUGUAUUCUGUUAGAUCCUACCAUGUCGAUAUGGACGCUUCGUUUCAGCUUGUCGUCGAUAGGUCUAAGAAGCGGAUUCCUGACCAUCGACCUAUCUGGACGUGUAUAGGUGUAACGAGGCUGGCGCUGCCGGAUAUGCUUAUUGAGAUUGAGGUCGAGGCUUAUGCCAAGAAGGCGUAA